ACAUUCGGCGCCUCAUACCGACGUACCGGUAUUUCAUUUGAAUCUGGUACAAUAAAUUCGUAGCCAAUAUCUGGAAUGUAGUAUUGCAAAUGUUGCUUGUAUCGUUCACUAUACUCUACUGCUAUCCGUCAUGGCUUCAUGAAUGUGCAAAAUAUUAAUCCUGAAUAGUAUUUUGUCGUGAUAAUGAAACUAUUUUCUUCCUGAUUCUUGACGACGCGCCCGUAUCCUAUCCGGCUACAGUGCAGUGCAGUACGUUGUCAAUCGAGCUCGCAAGCGAUUCCCCGGCCCGUCCAAGCAACCUCCGAUCCAGUGAAAACCAUCCUCUAAAACGAAUGUGACUGACUCUUAUACAUAGGACAGGAAAUGCCUACAUAUCACAGAAUGGCAAACGGAGCUGAGUCAACGGAUAUCAAAUACCAGCGAAUGAAAUCACCUACUGGGGAUGGCUACACUGCUUUACAGUUCAAGAAGCGACCUGUCAAGAUCCCGUGGAGAUCCAUAACCGUAGCCAUUGUUCUCUUCAUACUUGGCUCUGCCCUGCUAUGCGUCGGAGCCCUCCUUCUCUCAGGUCACAUCUCCAGCAAGUACAACGAUCGUCUGUGGCCCAUCAUGAUCCUGGGUGUCCUACUCUUUGUACCAGGGGCCUAUCAUGUUCGACUGGCUUGCUAUGCUUACAAGGGCUACAAAGGCUAUUCCUUUGAAGACAUACCAGAUUAUGAGGACUGAUGAACUGCACACGCCCUGUAUUGAACCCCCUCAUGUGCCUCCAAAUUUCUUCCUAUCAUUCCUGCUAUCUUUUUCACAAAUACACAGUAAAAACUGAAAACUUCUGAAGAAGUCUGUGGCAGGAGGAUACCAUUCUAGACUUCGCCAGUAGAGGUUCUGCACCCUGGACCUACUCUACUCAAACUCAGUCAUAACAAAUAGUUGAUAUGUUUGUGUCUUUUGACUAUAUUUACUAAUAAUGAAUCAGUGCUUGUGGUAAUUUCACCACCAUUCCCUCAGGCAUUCUUUCAAUCUUACUUUUUAUUUUCUUAUUUUCAUACAUUACCUUUUUCCAUACUCUAAACCUGGGUUAAACUUAUUCCAAUGUUGAUGUAAAAUUUAUUUUGGGUCUAAUGAGAUACUCUAUCAUUUUGUAAAUGAGAUAUAUUUAUCAGUCAAACCAAAUAAACCUCCUCAAGGAUUGAAUCUAAAAAUUCAAUCCUUGUAUUUCUUAUGUUUUACCCGACUAAUGGUUUCAUGUUAGUACAAGCAUCGAUGUUGAUCUUGUUUGAGAAAGGGGUAUAAGAAUAAUAGGGUAGAGUUUCGUUUUGCUACCCAUUUUUAAAUAUGCAUAUCACAUUUCAAAGUUAAACUUGAGUUUAGAAUAAAGAUCUCUAACUUUGUGUUUUUUAACUUACACUUUGUAACUAUGUGCUAGUUACAUGUCAUGUUUUUCUCUCUGAAAUUCUUGAGGUAAGGCAGGUAAAGUAUUUUUAAGCUGAACAAAAAAUGAAGGCAAUUUUUCCAUGGUAAUCAUUUAGAAAUAUUAUCAAUGAUUCAUCUUACAAACCAUACAUUUAUUUAUUUUUGCAGGGUAUUUAUUUUCGUUAUGAAUAUACUACUCUUCCAUUCAACCCUUUUCCCUUCAUUCAACAAUUGAUGUUUUCAUUCAUCAAGGUUUACUGGUCAAGUGUUUUCACCAUGUACAUUUGAAACAAUGUGUAGUAUGUGUACCAAAAUCUACUUAAUUCUGUAAAAUUUGGCAUUUAUAAAAACUUUUGUUUCAAAUUCUAACAAUAAUGUGAAGAGAUGAAAAUUUGAAAGCAGUCAUGCUAAAAAAUGCUUAUAAUAACCAAAAUGAAUAAAUAAGCAUGUGUUGUAUAUUAUACUUUGAAAUUGCUGAGCAAUCACACAUUUUUCUAUCAGGAUCUACACAUUCAAAUACCAGUAUUUUGUCAUAUUGGGGGUGGGGGGAUGGGAGUAUUUAUUUUGUGAUCAUUGCCACAAAUGGAAUGUAUUUUGAGCAUAUUCUCAUUUUGGCCCUUUUUGGACCUUCUUUGGAGAUUUCCCCUGACUUUGAUUAUAUUCUUCUUCUUUCAGUGAAGUGUGUUUCAAGAUACUGUAGAAAUCCAUUUGGUAAAUAUACUACUCUUCAAUUCAAUCCUUUUUUCCUUCAUUCAUUUUAACAAUUAAUUUUUUCAUUCAUCGAGGUUUACUGGUCAAGUGUUUUCACCAUGUUGAGGAAUGACUUUUCAGUAUAGCCCUCCACAUUAUUUCUUUUUAUUGGUACAAAUUACAUGUACAAUCAGCAUAUUUUGUGUACAUAUAGAUGAUGUCUUUUUCCAGAUGGAAUGUUAUUCUUUAUUAUGAAAUGUUCAUAAACACUGAAUUCAUCCAGAGUUAAUUUUCAUGCCAACACCAUGGGGUUAGUGUAAGAAUCCAUAUCAUUAUUUAGAAAAUAUUUUAUGAGCAAUACGACUUUGUGAAUAUUUAUUGAUAUUAUUUAUUCAUACGUGUAGAUGAAUUUAUAUUAUGCAGUCGAGUACAGAAGGAAAAGAAUAUACUUAUGUUUGUACUGCCAUAGAAUCCAUGUGAUCAAGAUCACUUCUCUUUGAAAUAGAUUAGCUUUUGCACAAUGUGAAUCAUUGGGUAGUGGUCCUUAUUCAUUGGUCCAUAUUCUCGACUCUGGUUUAAUUGAAACCAUGGUCUCCAGGCUAGAAUUAAAGGCCUGGUCCCACUGGCCGACGGACACAAAACGUACUCAUAACGGAUACAGCGAACAAGCAAAAUUUCAGGGUGGCUCCAUCUGUUUUCAUCCGCUCCACACAAUGGACAAAAUGGGCGAACAAUGAAAUCACAGUGGACGGAUGCUCGAUGGAUAUAGAGCGUAUGAAGCACAUAUGCAGAGUACACAUCAGAUACAUAACGUUUUCCAAUGGAUGGCAAGAUUCUUUUCCGUUUUACAUCCUCCCUGCAUUGGUAAGUGUAGUGGGACCAAGCCUGAAGAAGCUAAGUGUUUGAUUUGCCUUGCAUUAUCUUUAUGAUUUUUUUUUUUUCUCAUUUUUUUCAUAUAGAUGAAUAUUUUAUAUAUCAUUUCUAGGACAGGUUUUAGUUUGUUCUUUUGUAAGGCAAAAUGUGAUAAGUUGAUCAUCUGAAUAUAGAGAUUUGUGUCACAUUUGGCUCCCCAUGGUUAACACAUAGAUUUAAGUUUAUUAUGAGUUCAGAAUGUGGACCAUUAUUAAUCCAGGCUUUUUCUUGGUAAUCUGAGUGAGAAUGGGAUUGACUUGUGAAAGCUGGAAAAGCUAAUGCGUUAUUCUGUGAUGGCUGAUGUUAGUAUGAAAAUUGUGUUUGUGUGUAAAAAAAUGAAACACAAUGAUGACAUUGGAAGUUGACAAAACAUUCUAGUGUGUUUAAUGUUGGAUUUUCAAAUCACACUAGAACACCCGAGAGUGUGACUUAAAAGAGUCGCACUAACUUUCCAGUUGCAUGCUGUAUAAAAGGCAUCACCACUUUGGUCAAAUUAUGCUAAGAGGAUGCCCGUUACCGUGUAUUAAUCAAUAAGAUUGCACGUUACAUACCAUGUGCAAUUCAGCACUAGGCAUGACUCUAAGUCAUACUUAACUCCUUGUGAAACAUCAACCCUGUUUUUUUUAUAUGAAUGAUUAGAAACUUAUGGGCAGAAACAAAACCCCAAAAGUGGAAGGGGAUUCAAAACCCUGAUUAUCCAAAGACUAAGAGCAUCCAUUUUUCAAGCACAUGGCAGCAUUAUUAUACACCUGAAAUGUAUUUGAGUAUGUCUAGUAAUCAGCACUUCUCAAUUAAUGGUUUGGGAAUCUAUUAUGUUGGCCAUGGGAUAUCGAAUUUAAGUUUUGUUUUAUCAAAAAAUGUAACAUAACAAACGCAAUUGAAAAAAAAGAAUAAAGACUCAAACAAUUUAAAAAAAUUUGGCAAGCUUGAAUUUGGCUCCUACAUAGCAAUACAUGUAGGUGGCAUACGUGUAGUGGACAGAGGAAACAGUCAACUUAUAUAUUUAUAGAAGACUGACUAGAUCAAGAUGAACUGCAUUCUCAUUCAUAUUUCAUGUCAUACAUGGGUCUCAAAAUUCAGAAGCAAAAUUAAAAAAUUGAGAAGUGCUGAAGAUGAAUUGUUCAUUUGUAUAAUUUUUGUGUCAGAGAAAAUGUUCUAGAUAAUAUAUACAUGAAAUUUCUGACCAUUGUGUAUUUUUUUAUAUGAUCAGAAAUCUAAUAAAAUAAUAGAUCUUCAUAACAAUA